UCUCAUCUCCUUUCUCUCUCUUUCUUUCUUUCUCUCUCUCUCUCUCUGAAAGAACAAGAUGAGCGAAGGUAUCGAACCCACGAUGUCUACUCCUAUAAAAGGAGAAGGAGAAGAAGCAGCAGUGGCAGAAGAAUCCUCUAAACUCAUCCUCCAUGCAAGAAGAGAGCCCUUCGAGUACGGUCUCCUUCCCAUCUCCAAGCUCAUCUUCUCCGACCCCACCUCCACCCUCGUCCCUCUCAGGGACAAUCUCAUCCAUUUAUCUCCCUCCCUUCGUGCCUCCGCCCACGCCAUCUCCGAUUCCCUCCAGAUCUCUCUUGAUCACGCCCAACUCGUCCUUGAUACUCUCGCUUCCGUCCUCCCUUCUGACUCCGAUCCCCUCGUCACCGCCACCCCCGAAGAGAUCCCGUCCGUCGGCGCCCAUGUCCUUGAUCUCAUCCUCUUCCUAUACAUCCAGUCUUACAAGCGCCUGCUGCCUCGAUCACAUAAGGAUUCCGUCGCCGUCGCCGAUGUCUGGCCAUCCACGUCCGCCUUUGAUGGCUACCUGUCUGCGCUCUCGCCGCUCCAGCUUGCCCGAAGUAACAGUCGGCGGUUUAUGCCAUCACAGGCUGACGAAGAGGCUCAUCAGUUAUCCUACUUACAGAAACAUUUGGCUAACAUACUUGCUCUCUUGGCAGAGCCUGCAGAAGGCGAGGAUGAAGAAUCUCUGGUUUUGACUUUAGAAAGGUUCGAUCACCUUGGAUUCCUCAUUCAGUUUGGUGAAAAGGGGUCCCCGCUGAGCCAGUUUGCACCUUUUUUCGCAAAUUCAGAUCCAGACAUGCCUGCUGUUCCUGUUCCUGCUGCACAAGUUCAUGAUUGGCUUGUGCAAAAUAUUGCUGAUGCUUUGGAACACACUGCUGAGAAGGCUUCAGCUAAAGAAAGUAGUCCGUCAAGUGCCUCUGAUCCAGACGUUACCAUGGCUGAUGCCUGCACAAGUCAGACUAGGGUUCAAAACAGUUCACCGAGUGGGACCUCCAUGCCUUCCAGUGCUGCAUAUUCAAGAAGUCAAUUUUUUGUGGAGGGAAUUUCUAAAGCUUCUGUUAUAAAGCAAGCAUGUGAUAUCAAAGGAUGCUCUGUAAAGGUUAUAAAUUGUCAUGAUUCGGUGAUUUACAUACUAGCCCCAUUAAGAUAUGCGACUAUCUAUGGAUGUUCUGAUGCAACCAUUGUUCUUGGAGCUAUUGGUAAGUCUGUAAGAGUAGAGCACUGUGAAAGGGUACAUGUGAUUACAGCCACAAAACGCAUCUGUAUUGCCAAUUGUCGUGAAUGUGUGUUUUUCUUGGGGGUUAAUCAACGACCACUUAUCCUUGGGGACAACCAUAAACUGCAGGUGGCACCAUACAAUACAUUUUAUUCACAGUUGGAGGAGCACAUGUCUCAAGCUGGCAUUAAUGCAGCUGUCAACAGAUGGGAUGAACCUGUGGUGUUGGGAAUGGUUGAUCCACAUGAUUCAUUAUCUCAUCCUGCAGGGGUCUCUGAUGUUCAAGCGGAGUCUGCUACAUGCCUUGACCCUGAUCACUUCACCAAUUUUUUGAUUCCUAACUGGCUUGGAGGCGAUUCACCACAGUCCACAAAACAUAACCCAUUUCCAUUGCCCGAGAUUUACAUGGCAUCUCAGAGGAAAAAUCAUCAGGUUUUAAAUGAUAUUAAACAAGCUUUGAGGGAUGUGCAACUUGAGGAGAAUCGGAAACGCGAGUUGGCAUCUGCUCUGCACGUACACUUCAAAGACUGGCUAUAUGCUUCUGGGAAUAUCCGUCAGCUCUACUGUCUACAAGGCGAUUGAACUUUUGAGGCAUUAUAGUGUGGUAUUCGGUGCUCCGCCUUUCCUGGGGUUGUAAAUUUUCUUCAUCUUUCUGGUAUUUCCUUCUCUCGCUGUUACCUUUUUGAGAAAUUUCUGUUUCCCUUUACCAAGACUGCAGGCUGCAGAGAAUCGCGAGUGUUGUAAUGCUCAUGUACCGAUGCACCUUUUAUAUUCACAGAUACCUGUGAAUAUGUUGGCCGGUCACCUGUAUUUGUUUUUUUUUGUUUUUGUUCGCAUAGGUUCCAUUUCCUUGUGAAAUUAGGAGGGGUUGUUGAAUUUUGAGCGUCGGUGCAUUUUAACCUUAAGAUGUGUGAGUUCCUCUUUAUGUAUCGUACUGAUUUCAAGAAGGAAGCUGCCUGGCCAUCUGACAAAGAUACAGAUUGCUGCAUUUGUGAUUUUUUCUCCUAUUCCAGCAAUAAGUCUGCUUGAAUCUCUGACUAAAUGUGACUAUUUAGAAGUUCA